CAAGGAUCCAAAAAUAGCAAAUAUAAUGUCUUGGAGAUGUAGGGCAAAUGUAUAUAUGUUGAGGUCACUCUGUGUAUUGCUCCUGAUACAGGAAGGCAUUGCUCAUACUUUCAACGUCACAGAAUGGGGUACUCAGAACCAUCAUAAUUAUAGUGAAUGGGCGAGCAGAAAUAGGUUUCAAAUUGGAGACACCAUUGUGUUCCACCCACCUAACAAUGACUCAGUCCUUAUGGUAACGAAAGAGCAAUACAAAGAGUGCAAUAAAACUUAUUCGGAGGAACACAGGGAUGGGAACACCACGUUCAAACUCAACCACUCCGGGUACUUCUACUUCAUGAGCAGCAACCGUGACAGGUGCAACAAGAACGAAAAAAUGGAAGUCAUCGUCAUGGCUGACAGAAGACAUCACUCUUCUGCGCCUUCCCCUUCACCAUUGGCACACAAGGUUAGUCCAUCUCCAG